CUUCCUAGAUGAGAGAUAGAAAAAAAUGCCAACAAAUAAUAGCAAAUAGCAUGCAAUAAGCAAAUACAGCUUAACUGCAAGAGAAAAGUGAGGGCAGAAUGUGUUUUGUAUUGGGCUGGGCUACAGGUUAAAGUGGGCUAAGGCUCAUGCUAGCUGCAAACCUAAGAGCAAUGGCAGGAUUACUAACAGGUGAAAGAAGACGUGAAGAAGUUUCCAUAGUGCCGGGGCUGAUUUCCUGGGCUAAGAAACUGAAGAUCGGUUCCAGAGCAUUUCUGAGAUCCCCAGAAUCCUCAAGUUAUCUCAGUGCUUCUAGAGUUCAGCACAGCAGAUGUGAAAGGCUCAGUGCGUUGUUGGUGCCUCUCUCUGGAACCAGAGACCUGAAAGGCCCACGGUUUACCUGGCAAAACUAAAGACAGGGCCAGCGAUCACACUGUGAUUAAAUGGCAUCAGAAGUCACCUACGCUGAGGUGAAGUUCAAGAAUGUAUCACCAGCUGCAGUGGUCAAAGUACCUCUUGAUGUGAAGAAGCGUGAGUCCCAUCCCCAGAAAUACCCGCUAUGGCUCCCAUGGCUGACCUCACUGCUGCUCCUCUUGGUGUGCAUUGCCCUUGUUGUUGUUCUCUUUGCCGCUCCCUUCUUCCGUAGAGGUGUCCAGCCCAGAGCCCUACAACAGAAUUUCACGGAGUGGCUGUGUGUCUCAGAGGUGCCACGAGGCAAAGAGGGAGGCUUGACGUGCUGCCCCAAGGGCUGGAAGCGCUUUCAAGGAAGCUGCUAUUACCUGUCCACUGGUGCGAUGUCCUGGGAUGACAGUAAGCAGAACUGCACUGGGAUGGGCUCCCACCUGGUGGUGAUCAACAGCGAAGCCGAGCAGGAUUUCCUCUCUAGUGAGCUAAGACAAAUUUCAAGAACAGAGAAUUACUACAUCGGCCUGAGCGCACAGGAGGUGGGCCAGUGGCGCUGGGUGGACCAGACUCCAUUUAAUGUGACGGCAGCGUUCUGGAGGAAAGAUGAACCCAGUAACAAGGAUGAUCAGAAGUGCGUUGUAAUGCAUAAGUUUUCACCACCACCUAACAACUGGAACGAUGUCAAAUGUGAGCGUCAUCAUCGAAUUUGUGAAGCUGCAGCAGUAACUGUGUGAUGGGGAUACCUUCAUCCUGACAAAAACUGAGACGUGAGCAGUGAGCUGGGAACAGCGCAGAGCUGUGCUGGUGGGAGGGGUGGGGGGCCCUGAAGCCUGCAUCUUCCAUGUGCUGGGUGGGACAAUGUGAGUGGAGAUGAUAUUACCCUGUGUCCAGCAUCCCCAGUGCACAUAAUGGCUCAGGGAACACAGGAAGUCUCAGAGUUAUCAAAGCAGGUCCUGGGCUCUUGUGUCCUCUUCUCUCUGAGUGGGUCUAGAGCCACCGGCUGAAAAGAGGUUGAGUUCUCCAGGAAGAAGACAGAUGUUCAGAGCUGCAAUCUCCUUUGUCUUCUUGAGCAGAGGUGCCUACUUUUUGUUGAGUCACGCAGAGCAUGUCCUCUAGUUGCACUGGUUUUGCUGAACAAAUACUGAAUUCUUACACAAGAGAAAAUACAAUAUUAGGCCAAUGAAAGGCUCUGUGCUGUGUGUGUAUCUCACUUUCUCUUUCCCUCUCUAAGUUGCAGGUGUUUUCUAUAAUCAUAGAAUGGUUUGCGUCAGAAGGGACCUUAAAGAUCACCUAGUUCCAGCCCGCUGCCCUCUCCAGCUUUCUUGUGGACCCCCGUUAGGUACUGGCAGGCUGCUAUAAGGUCUCCCCAGAGCCUUCUCUGCUCCAGCCUGAACAACCCCAACCUGUCUUCAUAGGAGAGGUGCCCCAGCCCUCUGACCAUCCUUAUGCUUGCUCCCAGGGGAAGAUGAAUACACACCCCAUUCCCCAGCCACCUCCCUAUAUGCAUUAUGGGGACGUUUUCUCCUCCCACAGUAUAUAGGGGUUUUGUUUGGGCAGGACCGGAUCAAAAGAUGUUGCUGUGCCAGGAUACAACCUUACGAAACCACUGCAGUAGAAGUUGCAUCCAGCCAGGGAGAGUAAACCCCUCAGAGACAGAUGUUCCACUGUGCACAGCCAGAGCUCCAGAAAGGACUGGGCACAGGAAGCCAGUUCUAGGGAUAUUAUGAGUAUUUGUUUCCAUAACUGACAGUCUCGCCCCAGAGAGUGACAGGAUCUUGUGCCAGGAGUCUGAUCAAGAUCAGGCCAUGCUUGACCAAGUAUGAGGAUCUGUCCCCAGCAGCAAAAAUGACUGAGGCCUUUGGUGCCACCUCAAGGAAGAAGUCUCCUUCCCAAUUCAGAGCACAUCACAGACUCACCUGAUAGGUUUUGGCCUCCCAGGAAGGCUGUUCUGAGAGGUCUCUGUAAGGACACAUCUGCUCAGGCCAGACCAGGCCGUAGAAGAGGCAGGAGGGGGCAGGGCUGCUGUGCCACAAGAGGUCCCUUCCAGGAGUGCGUUACCUAUUGAAUUGCCUUCAUGUCCUGCUGCAGACCAUAUGUCACCAUGGAUCUCACCUUUCCUCCACCCGUUCCCACUUCCUGGCCACUGCACCCCCACUUCUGCUUGCUGUAGGAAACAUCAUCUGCCUAAACUUUCCCAACCAAACAGUGCCAGCUCCCCACAGGGCACUGAUGUGCAUCUUCCGGCUGUGUGAUUCUGUCCUAGGGAUGAAAGUGAAGCCUCUCUCUGUGUCUCAGCGAAAGGGGGGAAUUGUACUGGAGGCAAGGUGACCAGGAGAUUUGGCUUCCUAAGCCAACGGGAGUAGUUCUGUGAAGGGCAGUAGGUGGUGGCAGGAGCUGCUGAUUCCCAUAGCCCAGCAGAGGCAAUGCUGCUGCAGCUCCAUGCCCCCACCUCCAGACAGUAGUGAGACUGAGCGUGUAUGUACAGUGGGUAUCUGUACAGAUACAUAUGGAAGACAAAGGAUGUAUACAUAUAAGCAAGGUCCACACAGACAGAAAGCACUGACACAAACACAAACAGCACAAGCAGCCUGAUCCUGUUCCCCUCCCUGCCUGCCAGCAGGAUGAAAACCUGCUAGCAGAAAAAUUCAAUACUAACACGUAUAUAAUAUGGACUUCUCCAGCAGUAAGGUUUAGUCAUUCAGUCUAUCCAUAGCUGGUCCCUGCAUCCCCUGGUCUUCCCUAUACUCAGCCAUACGGCAGGCACAAAGAGAAGAAGGUCCCUCCAGUAGCUGGUCAAGAUUUCUGGUCUUCCUCAUAGGUGCCUCUCAGAUCCCCUGGUCUGCCUGGAAGGUGGCUUGGACACCUGGGCCCCUGCUCCCUUUUCAGUGAUGAGGUUCCUGGGAUUCAUAACUGUCUGAUGUUCAACCACAUCAUCUAGCAAGUGAGAAGGGUCUGGAGUCCUUUUUCUGAAACUGGCCACCCCCACUGGCUGAUGGGGCUAUUUCCAGUGAUGUAGUACUGACACUUGUGGGGACUUGACUUAAUUCCACAGGAUAGUAUCAGUAACGCAAGCCAACACGAAGCAGUGUCACAGCCAGCUGUUAGAAAGCAGGCAUGAGCAGAGGCUUGUGGUGGUAUCAGAGAGCUGGAGAAGUGGGGUGCUGGAAAUAGCCUCCCUUCCCCUUCUUGGUGUUCUGGUCUUCUCCAGCUUCACAGUGCAGAGGUAUAUCUCACAUAGAACAAAAUCCUUCUCUGCUGCCCCUUGAGUUAAUGUCCUCCAGUGUUCUCUGGUGGGAACACGACCACUGUGCUCUUCACAGCCUCUUCAUGGCUAAGAUGCUUCUCUCCCUCUUCCAAAUGCUUUUUCCCAGGGCCAAGUCUCACCUUUCCUCACAGGCCCCACUUAACAGCCCUCUUUUCACUGUUUCUCUUACCUUCCUCGGACUCCUCUUAUUCCCUUCUGGCUCUGGCUUUUGAGAUGGAGAAAAGUCAGUCUGAAAACAAAGUUUAGAAGAAGCAAGGACAUUUUUAACAGGCAAGAGAGGAGUGGAAAGGAAAUAGCAAUCGACACCUGGUUUGAUAGUUGCCCUGCAAUUUUGCAACCUAGUCUGUAACAGAGCAUCCUCCCUGUUGGAUGCUGUGGGUAGCCUACAUACCUGGAAUUAAGGGGUGCAACACGUACGGACCCACAGCUUCUGUAUGUAUACGUGAUCUUGUGCUCUGCCACUAGCCUGUGGGUUGGCAGACUGUAGGAAGUGACAUGAGUACACACAAACCCUGCACCUCCAGCAGGAAAUGCGUGAGAAUAGGGGAACCCCUGCUCCCAGAAAAGGGGAUGUGUUCUUGCAGCUAGCUUUUCCUGUGGUGGGGAUGGGAGAUGGGAGGUUGCACAAGUAAUCAUGUGAGUGUGGGUGUAUAUGUGGGGCUUAGAGCUUUUGGGGAUUAGUUACCUAAAGAUGUUUAGAAAUCCGUAGAUGUUUAUUAAUAUUUUGUGCCUGGUAUUGUGCUUUAUUUGUUGGAUUGCUGAUACUGGUCCUGAAUAUACAGGUCACAGUUUGUCAGUUUAUUACAUGUCAUGAAUAAAUCGGUAAACUGCUUAGA